AUGGGUCGUCUUCGUCGCUCAAGAGCACAUCACGCACGACGAGACGUUCAUCGUGCUUCAAGAACAAGAGUCCGGACAAAGGAUUUGGACCAGAUUCAGCUCAUCGAUCUCGACCCAAAGAACCGUGCAAAGCUCGAAGCACAACCCAUUGACUAUGAGCUCCCCGGCCUUGGGCAGCAUUACUGCGUCGAAUGUGCAAAACACUAUGAGACCGACGCUGCACUUCAGUCGCACUGGAGGAGUAAAGUUCACAAAAGACGCUGCAAAGCUCUGAAAGAGCCGGCGUACACGAUUGAAGAGUCCGAGAGGGCCGCUGGUCUAGGCAAGGACAAUGGGAGACCUAGUGCCAGUGUGAUGGAGACUUCGUGAUUGGGCCAUUCCAUGUUUGCUUUCGUUUUUUCUUUGUAUCUUGGCUGGCUGUAGGAGUAUGUGGGUAAUUUAUUCGCGUGAUCUUUAC